CAGCAAAAGAUUAUCUCUCAAGCGUCGCGGCACGCCCCACUUCCUCUUCCCAUCCGCCGCCACUACAUCCGCCGCCACCAAAUCGGUGUACGCAAAAAUCCCUUUUUUGAGAGGUUUGGAACGGCUGCCUAGCUCUGCUUUGCCUGCGCAUUGAUCUUUGAACUCAGAUCAGCAACAGAGUGGGAAGAAGAAGAAGAAGAAGCCUUUUUUUUUUUUUCUCCCUGAGAGUUGAUCUUCGAAUAGAAGGCAAAGUCGAGGAAUAAAGUGGAGGGGAGUGGAGAGAGAGUGGGAAGGCGUGGCGGGAGACAUGAGCUCCGUAUCAAUGGAAGGAAGCUCCGGAAGCCCUACAGCUGAAGACCCGGGAGAGUCUGGAACCGGCAAGAAACUGGUGAUCGAAGGGUACCCCGUCGACGGGUUGUCGAUCGCCGGGCACGAGACGUGCAUCAUCUUCCCGUCGCUGAAGUUGGCAUUCGACAUCGGGCGGUGCCCGCAGCGCGCUGUUGCGCAGGACUUCCUCUUCAUCUCCCACGCCCACAUGGACCACAUUGGAGGAGUCGCCAUGUAUGUUGCGAGUCGUGGAUUGUUCAGUCUGAAACCUCCGACAGUUAUCGUUCCAAGUUCUGUGAAAGAAGACGUGGAGAGUCUCUUCAAGGUGCAUAGGAAGAUGGAUGGUUCGGAGCUGAAGGUUAAUCUCAUUGGCAUGGAUGUUGGAGAGGAGAUUUCUAUUAGGAAAGAUCUUAAAGUAAGAGCUUUUAGGACUUACCAUGUCAUCUCAAGCCAGGGCUACGUAGUCUACUCUGUAAAGCAGAAACUGAAGCAGGAGUAUGCAGGCCUUUCUGGCAGAGAGAUUCGGGAUUUGAGGUUGUCUGGUGUUGAGGUCACGAACACCAUAACUGUACCUGAGAUUGCUUUUACAGGAGACACAAUGUCUGACUUUAUAGCUGAUAGUGAUAACGUCGAUGUCUUGAGGGCUAAGAUUCUAAUCUUGGAGAGCACCUUCAUUAAUGACACGGUGACUGUCGAAGAUGCAAGAGAGUAUGGACACACUCACCUGUCAGAGAUUGUUGGGUAUGCAGAUAAGUUUCAGAACAAAGCCAUACUUCUAAUCCAUUUCUCAGCUCGACACAAACGUGAGGAAAUCGAAGCAGCUGUCUCUGCGUUGGAGCCACCUCUAUACGGAAGAGUCUUUGCACUCACUCAAGGUUUCUGAACUUACUCGACCAUUGGAAUUAAACAAGUUUCGGGGGGCAUUUUCUUUGCUGUCAUGUGUCCUGUGUAACAGUUGGUUUGGGUUCAUGAUAUUUUUGCAUUUUUUUUUUCUCUUCAGUAAGAUAAUUCCGUAAAUUAGCAAGGCAUGGCGAGUUAGGAUCUUACAACUGUUGCUUGCUUGUAUGUAACUGAUCGAAAAUAAUGUAUCGUUCGAUCUAAAUGGAGUGUGUGGUCUCCUUCUGAAAAGGUCUUUUCUCUUUCUUUUUUUUUUUUUGUGGGGUUAGUUGUAAUCUGCGUAAAUUCAGAGGGUUGACUUGAAAAGAUAAUGAUCCUUAGCA